AUGCCCUCGCGCCGCCGCCUGUUUAUCGUUCUUCGCGUUGGUGCCGGUGUAGAUUGCGAUAUCGUCCAAAAUAGAGAAAGAGGCCGCUCGGUACCUGAGGCUUCAAAGCUAUACCGCCUUGAAUCAGGAUGCCUGAGAUGUGGGCCUUACAUCAUUUCUCUCAGCCACUUCAUGACCCAGCGGCUUCAAGCUGUGUGCGAUGAGUUCGCUGAUCUCUCUCGCGCGGUCAUUGACGGAUGUUCCACCCUUUGCAGGUUCAUCUACCGAGGAACGGGUCUGCCUGAAUGGACGUCUGAAUUCAAACCAUCUUUCACACUGAUGACUAUGAUGUCUAACAUGCAAAAUUCUUUGAUUGAACUACUCAGCAAUCAGCUGAGUCCAAUAAGAAUCAACACCACUCGAACGCAGCAAGAAGGAUCUCUUAUGCCCUAUAGCAACUUCAUACCAUCCGCGCUACUGGGCUCGCUCAAACCAAUACCAGAAUCAGACCUCGUUGGUAUGUAA